AUGGCACUGCUCAAGCCUGAGUUAUAUGGGGUCAGAGAGGGUAGUAGGUUGGCCGAGGAUCCAGAAUGGGAAGAUGUCGUGCCGAUUGCACACCAAGAGCCUGAAGGGGCGCUUGCAGCGAUUGCAUAUCCGGAGGAAUACGCAGAGGCAAUGGCGUAUUUGCGAGCAGUCAUGAAGGCUAAGGAGCACUCCCCCCGCUGCCUGCGCCUGACUGAACACAUUAUCAACAUGAACCCAGCACACUAUACGGUUUGGUUGUAUCGGGCGGCCAACGUCUUCGCUCUCAACCUCUCCAUCCCAGACGAGAUCGCGUGGCUCAACGGUGUUGCUCUCCGCAACCUCAAGAACUACCAGAUCUGGCAUCAUCGCCACUUGCUCGUCGAGCAUUACUAUCCCCAGCUUUCUCUGCAAGGCCCCUCCGCCAUUGCCGAAUUUGCCGCAUCCGAACAAUCCUUCCUCCGCGACAUUCUCGCCGAAGACACGAAAACUACCACGUCUGCUGAGCUGGCGGCUAUCGAAACUUUACUCGAUGACGACGUGCGGAACAACUCGGCUUGGUCGCAUCGUUUCUUCCUUGUCUUCUCCAACCCCGCACACUCAACCCCAGGGUUGGCUGCCAGUGAGCCAGAUCCGAAGGUGCCGCAAGAGAUCGUUGACCGAGAGGUCGCAUAUGCGAUGGCCAAGAUUCGCCUUGCGCCACAGAGCCAGAGCGGGUGGAACUACCUUCGCGGAGUGUUGGUUAAGGCUGGGAGGAAGUUGGCCACUGUUGAAGGGUUUACGAAUGAGUUCGUGAAAGGACUCGGUGAGGAUGGUGAAGGGGAGGAUGUGAGGAGCACGCAUGCGCUGGAUUUGCUGGCGGAGAUCUAUGCUGAGAGAGGAGACAAGGAUAAGGCAGAUCUAGCUUUGCGCCGCCUGGGCGAGAAGUGGGAUAGGAUUCGGGUUGGGUAUUGGGAAUGGAGGAGAAAGGGGCUGGAAAUUGGUGCGGAGGCGUAG